AUGCUCGACACAGCAGUCCGACACUCAACCGGCCAUCCCAUCACUCAGACUCCGCGAAAGCUGCGGGAUAGUUGCACCGACUGUGCAAGCUCCAAGGUCAGGUGCAGCAAGGAGAAACCGACAUGCGCACGAUGUGCCCGUCGAGGGGUCACUUGCACUUAUAUGGUGUCACGCCGUACUGGCCGCACGUCCAACGCUGCGAUCACCCCAGCUAGCACCGGCAGCACGAAUGCUGGACCCACUGCGACAGGCACCCACAGCACCAGCAGCCGUCAGAAAGAAGCAGGCAAGCGUAACGGGCGACCGUCGUUGCGAGUGAGAACUCCUCAUCUCUCCUUCUCGAGCAUGAGGGGCGGUGCCAGCGCCGGUACCGGGGGAAGGAACGCAAGCGGCCAAUACAGCCCGGAUCCCAUUUCGGCAGGGCCCGGCACGUUGACGGAGGCUGACCUGUGGAGCUCCGCUCUGACACCGAGCGCCCUGGUGAUGGACUCCCCUCGGCUCUCUCCUCCGCUGACAACCAUCGGCACUGAUAUUGGGGACUUCUUUGACAUGGACCUCCACUCGCCGAUGAUGCUUGACGGUCUGGAGCAGCCAAGCACAGCAGAGACCCACACAGACACUGGCACCUCCGAUCUCUUCGGCGAUGUGGUGUCAGUGUCCGACCUGGAUGGCUUCUCUUCUUACGCUAAUGGGGCCUCGGCCUUUGACUGGGCCAAGUCCCAUUCGCCACCGAACAACUGCUUCUCCGUCGUCAUGGACAUCCUCACCCGUUUGUUUCCCAACGCUCCGUCCGGCUGCACCAUGCCUCGAAACCGCGGUGGCACACCCCGGGUCGCCGCGUCGGGAAGCCGCACCAUGGAGUCGGUCAUCUCAGAGAAUAAGCAAAUCAUUGACUCCCUGACCAGCCUGCUCGACUGCGACUGCACGCAUGAUGAGUACCUGAUCUCCAUCAUGGCCAUGGCCGCUCUAAAGGUGAUGGGGUGGUACGCGGCUGCUGCGUCAGACGACGGCACCCCAUCCUCCCCAACGUCGUCCUCAACCUCCGGUUCCGCGUCGGCAUCCCCCGCCACGCACGACCAGCGGCCGCCCUCUUCCUCAUCGUUGGGUGGAGGGCGCGGCCCGCUCGGGGAGCAAGUGCUGCGCCUGCCGACGACGGUAGGGAACUACUGUGUCGCAGGGCAGCACCAGGGGCGGAUGGCGGCACAGCUUGUCCUCAGCGAGCUGCACCGCGUGCAGAGGUUGGUGAACGCGCUGUCGAAGCGGCUGGAGUCGGUUCGGCUGAGGACAGGGCAGGCGGCCCGCUCCGGGACGAGCUCUGGAUCGAGCAGCAUGGGAGAAUCCGGGGAUUUUCAGGGCCUCGGAUUGGGCGGCGGCCGGGCGCCUCCGUUUUCGGUGCCGACCUUUGCCCAGCUAGAGGGGGACUUGAGGAAGCGGUUGAAGGUGCUGUCCACCGAGAUCAUUGAUGCUCUGAGGAGGGCAUAA